AUGGAAAAAGAAAAGGCCUUUCAAGAUUUCCCAGCUUCAUCGAGGCGAAGGGCAUGUGGUUUUUUGGAGAAAAAAAUUCAAUUUGGUGAGGAAGCGAAAGCAAGGUUCACAGUUGAUGAUGCACUCAAAGUGGAGAUUAGGUUCAGCUGA